AUGGAAAUUGGUGGAACAUCAAGUACUGAUCAGCAGAUAAUGGAUCAGAGCCAUGAAGUUUCACUUGAUGUCAAUGAGUUAGCUAUUUCUUUAAGGGAGCAAUUGAAAAUCAAGAAGGCUUUCUCCCCGGCAUGCUGCAUCUACAGAGUCCCGGAACGAUUGCGGAAGUUAAAUGAAAAGGCAUGUACACCUCGAGUAGUCUCAAUAGGCCCUAUUCACCACCGUAUGGAGAAUCUAAAAGCUAUGGCAGACCACAAAAUAACGUACCUGCAGCAGUUUCUUGAACAGAGCAAGGUAAGUGUGGAGGCUUUAAUUAACAUUAUCAAGGAGAAUGAAACGGAAUUACGUGAUAGUUAUGCCGAAACCAUUGAUCUUAGUUGGAAAAACUUCGCAACAAUUAUCUUACUGGAUGCUGUCUUCAUUAUUAUGGUCUUACUGAACACGAAGUACUUGAGCGAGUUUUAUGACAGUGGACGUCGUGACCACAUUUUCUAUCGUCCAUUUAAGUUAGUGGACGUAGUGUUUGAUAUGUGCUUGCUUGAAAAUCAGCUUCCAUUCUUCAUCCUCCAGAAGUUGUUUGAGCUAUCCAGUGUAGCUUCCAAUCCUAAGAAUUGUACCCUUACUGAGCUUACCUGUGGGUUAUUAAAAGUAACAUGGCCUGACUGGGUAAAAGAGGACAGUUGGAAAAUAAUCGAUUCCUCUGGGGUCCUUCAUUUCGUUGACUUCCUAAGAAAGUGUCAGCAGCCAACAGAGACGCACCGUCCAGCGAAAGAAGAAGCUCUUUUAAGCGCGCCCACUGCGACGGAGCUCCAUCAAUCUGGAGUGAAGUUUAAGCGUCCCGAAAAAAGCUCAUUAUUAGACAUAAGAUUCAGUAAUGGGAUUCUAGAAAUUCCACAAUUAAAAAUAGAUGACAGCACAGAAAUUUUAUUCAGAAAUCUCCAGGCCUUUGAGCAAUGCCAUCAUAGGUUGGAGUAUAUUUUCGUAAGUGACUAUAUUACUUUGAUAAGCUGCCUCGUCCGUGCUCCUAAUGAUGUGGAAGUGCUUACUCAUAAUGAGAAUUUGAAAAAUAUGCUAAACAGUAACGAAGCAGUGUCAAAUCUUCUUUACUGCCUCGACAAAGGAAAUGUUGCCAGUACUGAAGGUUUUCUUUCGGGUGUCGGCGAAGAUCUGAAGUCCUUUUGCACAAAGCGUAGGCACAAGUGGAUGGCAACCUUGAAGCAGGUUUAUUUCAACAAUCCAUGGACUGGCAUCUCUGUUUUUGCCGCUACUUUUCUUCUUAUUCUCACUGUCAUACAAACAGUGUGCUCUAUCCUUCAAUUGCCAUAA